CCUCCGCUCGCUCCGUCCAUCCGGCCCGCCGUUCGAGCCCUCCGUCGAGAUGGCGGCAUCCUACCGCCGCCGCCACACGCCACGGCGCUAGCCCUCCAGAAAGAGAGGCAGCAAUGGCGGUCCCAUCGUCGUCCUUGUUGUCGCUGCUGCUCCUCGCGCUCUUCCUGCAUCAUCAUUGCUCCGCUGCCCAGGAUCGCGGCAGCGCCGCCGUCGUCGUCAACAUCUCCGCCGUGGAGGACGUCGUCCGCGACCGCGCGUUCGAGCUGCUCCACCGCACCGACAAGCUCGUGGGCGUGCCCCUCACGGCCUGCCCGUCGCCGUGCGGCCUCGUCGAGGUCCAGGCCUCGGCGCUGCGCGUGCGGAGCAGCUCCCUCUGGGACGACGGCGUCAACGCCACCGACGCCGCCGCCGGCACCGCGGGGUUCACCGUGCCGCCCCGCGUCGUGCCGUCCCCGUUCGCCCGCCGCGUCGACGUCGUCUUUGAGCGGUUCCUCGGCAACUCCUCCUCCGGCGCGCUCUUCGCUGCGCCGCCCGGGUACGCGCUGGCCGCCCCCGUGGCCGCGCUGCUCGCGUACGACGUGUCGACCGGGAACAACGGCAGCAGGGCCGUCGGGCUCCGGGCGCUCGGCGCGCCCGUCCGCGUGGAGUUCGGGGACCUCGCGCAUGCGGCGGCGAACGGGACGACGCCGUUCAACGCCACGGCGGCGAGGUGCGUGACCUUCGCGGUGGAGAGCGGGAAGGCCAAGGCCGUGGCCACGCACGCCAUGGCGUCGGACACCGCGUGCACGGUGACCGGCACGGGCCACUACGGCGUGGCGGUGCGGCUGCAACCGCCACCGCCUUCGCCGACGUCGCCGCCGCCGCCGCCGCCUGCGGCGGUGAGGGAGCGGUGGUGGGCGUGGAUGGCGGUGGCCGGCGUCGGCGGGGUGGUGGUGGUGAGCUUCCUGGCGGCCACCGUGGUCGCGGCGGUGCGGUGGAGCAGGAGGCGCAGGAGGGAGGAGAUGGACCUGCGGGCGCUCGCCGGGGAGGAGCUGGGGAGGAUGGCGGUGCGGGGGAGCCGGAUGCCGGUGGCGAAGAUGGUGAGGACGCGGCCAGAGCUGGAGGACGGGAGCCCGCUGGCGUGGCGGCGCUAGCUCCUCCGCCGGUCGCACUGUCGCCGUCUGGUUUAACUAGGUGUACUUUUUUUUCUCAGCAUCAGAUAUUCAGACUUGUAUUGUUGUUGUACAUUAUUACACACAGUACUUUGUAGUACUCUAUAUAUGAUAUAUUGUGUAAACUCGGAUUAAAAAUGUACAUCGAAAUAGGUCAUCUUGGGAGCAACA